UGCCAUCCCUCAGUCGAAGGCUGGGACUCAGUGACCAAAACUUGAGGACAGAAAAAACAAGUGUUGCCUGCAAAUCCCCUUGUAGGAUAUUCACACAGUUGAAGCUGAUGGUAAGUAGUGGAGCAGUUUGGUGAAGAGCUACAGUAGUAGAGCACUGUCCAGUCCAGCUCUCUCCUACAGUGGACUACCAGAGGAAACAUUGUCUCCAUGGCCACCGAGGGGAUGUCUAGAGAGGAGGCAGAGGAGUACCAGAAACAGCUGGUGGAGGAAAAGAUGGAGAGAGAUUCAGAGUUCUUGGUAAAGAAAGCUGAGAGGGCCACAUUGAGAACGUGCUUAAGAGACAAAUACAGACUACCAAAGAGUGAACAGGAUGCAAACCUGAUGGAGUCGGCAGGAGACGACAUCGACGUGCCAGAAGAACUACUCAAAAUGGUGGACGAGGACGCCACAGAGGAGGAAGAGAAGGAUUCUAUCCUGGGCCAGAUACAGAACCUACAGAACAUGGACAUGGACCAGAUCAAGGAGAAAGCGUCGGCAACUAUGGUUGAGAUGAAAUCUAAAGCAGAGGAGAAGUGCUGUCUCAUGUGAUGAGAGAAAACAUUGGUUCAGUUGAUUUGAGAUUAGUUCCUAAGCACCAAGUUUGACCAAGGAUAUAACUUCCAAGGUUGGACUUCCCUGAAAUAUUCCAGCUUUCAAGUAUUCUAAUCUAGACUGUGGACUUGGAUUGAUCUGAAACACGUAUAGUAGACCUUCUACACAAAGUCUAAAUUGAACCAGUCUUAGGUUGGCUAAUCUGUCAAUAGAGGGUUGAAGAGAUGACUCUUAAUCGGUCUUCCUCACAAAGCUGUGGGGAAGAGGUCAGGAAAAACAUCACAGGGCUGGGAGGGAGUAAGAGUAUUUUCGUUGUUGUAAUUAAAAAAAGGUUUUCUGUUCUUUUUAUAUACAGCAACCUCAUGUUUUCUUUGCAAGAAGGUACAAUUGGGAGGAGAAAAAAAACAAUGGUAUCAUGGUUAUAAAUGCUCUGAAUUGCUUCAUGUUAAAAAAGACAUCCCUCU